GAUCGCGGCGUACGCCCUGUAUUAAACUCAGUGACCGCUGCAGCCACACCUACUCUGGCUGAUACAAGCGGCGGAGGAGAGAAGAAAAAGCAGGAUACACCCGAAAUGCUGCCCUGCACAAACUUCAAUUUUACACGCAGAAAGUUUCGCUUGGGCAGGAUUUUCUAGUCGUUUUCGUCUCGCUGUGGACUUUGCUGGAUAAAUAGGGCAUUUUCUACUUUUUGUCUUUAUUUUGAGUGCACUCUCCUGUAAGGACAGUUGAAGAUUUCAAACAUGUUGGAAAGUUUCACUCAGUCGCAGGACUGGCUUUGUUCAGAGCCGCUGCUCUUUGAUGACGAGUUCUGCCAAAGCCUGAUGAAAGACCUCCAGGCAUUACCGACACCUCCACAGUCGCCCCCCAUGAAGUCUGGGCUGGGUGGUGAUAAGCCUCUGUCCAAGGAGGACCAGCUCAGCUAUGUGUCGGAUAUUCUACUGGAGGACCAUGACAUGCAGCUCAACUGGCAGUGUGACUUCUUCCACUCUGAUGCUGAGAAAGAAGGCGAGCUUAACCAGCCCUGCUCUGGGGAAGCUGAGGACUGCCUCUGGCAGUGCCUUUCAGCCGAGGAGAAGCUUGUCUCCUCAAUACUCAGUUGCAGCCCCAUACUAUCUGACAUUGAUACCCGCAUCUUUGAGGAGAUCGCCGGCUCCACACUUGACUGUCAGAGCCUUAUGGAAGCUCCGGAGCCCAGUGAAGCCACAUCAGACUACGGAUCAGUUGGUGGCGAGCUGUCCACAUAUUCGUCCAGCGACUCUGAGGAGGAAAUUGAUGUGGUGACUGUGGUCCGCUGUUCCUCAAGUUCCUCCCCUGAGCCUUCAUUGGCUGAGCGUCAGCAGAAGCAAGAAGAGGAACAACGUGCUCAGCAGCGAUACCGCUUUGAAAUCCAGCUACAGCACAACUACGCUGCUCCCUGCCCUGCAUCACCGCCGCCAUCAAACAAGCGCGCACGAGGGAGCGAUGGCCCGUCACGCUUCCACUGCCUUUCGCGCAGUUCUUCUUCAUCAACCUCAUCGCGUCACUCAUCCCGAAACUCAACAGAGACGGAGGAUGAGGAGGAGCGGAGAAAGACUCACAAUGUGAUGGAGAGGCAACGCCGAAACGAGCUAAAGAACUGUUUCAUGCGCUUGCGCGACAACGUGCCUGAGCUGUCGCACAAUGACAAGGCAUCUAAGGUGGUGAUCUUGAAGAAAGCCAGAGACUGUAUUUAUAGUUUAGAGGAUGAGUCCCACAGACUGCAAACCAGGAAAGACAAACUUAAAGCCAAACAGGAACAGCUGAAAGCCAGACUAGAGCAGCUCCGUAGGUAACGGACCAGGAUUGGACACUUGUAGGUUUUCAGAGACUUCUUGGGUCGGGGAGGGCGGGGCAAGGGAAAAGACUUUGUAGAUAGAUGGGAGUAAGAAAUGGCUUUUCCUGCUGGAAAGCGCACAUACAGUUGUUUCUGUCAUGUAGACUGUAUAUUCACAUGCACACGGUUUCCCUGGACACAUUGCCUCAUAAUUAAUCAUUGUCAUGCCUUGACUGCUGACUGUAGAGUGUAGUGCAUUUCUUUCUUUCUUUUGGUCCCCCUGCCACCUCAAUACACAAGACAAAGACAA